AUGUCCGCCUCCGGCUCGAUCCCGGUCACGCCGGACGACUCGUCCUUGAAGGAGUUUUCCACACCUGCGUCUCCAGGCUCUGAAGACUCGUCCGAACCAAGCACACCGCUCGAAUCUCCUAGUCACGACAGCCCCGAUGAGCUCCCGAGAAGACUGCCGUCGUUACGGUCCGUGUCUGAUCCCCCCAACAUGAACCCAAACUCGACAGCCAUGGGUCUCUUGGGUAUGGCUAGACAUCCUGUGUCGACGUCGUCGAGCUUCGCCGGAAGCGGUGGUGCCUCGGUAGAAAACAGCAUCAUGGCCAAAGCGCGGGCGCUACAUCAACAGCGAAUGCAAAAAGGCGCUGGUGGCGGCCCUAUGUCACCUGCAGGACAGUCGCCAACGAGUAACAUGUCAAACGGUUUCCCUGCGAAUCUGCGCAUGCCUCCUAACUUGCAGCGGCCAAGCGCCGUCCCACAUCCUAGGUCCGCUCCCAUCCUCCCGAAACCGUCAUUGAGCGAGAGGAGGGCCAAGAUGGGCGUUGGUAUGGGCAUGAAGCUGUCUGAUAUGGGCGGAGCAAGCCCUGCCCCGACCACCGGCAUGAGGCGAACAGGUCCUCCCGGGAAGCUGUCGGACAUUACAGGCGACAAGCCUGGCCAGCCACAAUCGAACGGAACGGGUCCUACAGGUCAAGGGUCGAAGAUGGACGACUUUAAGAAAUACAUCGACACUGAGAAGGGCUGGGUGACGUUUGAUGGCGCUGCCACAAUUACACGGACCGGAGUCAACUUUGCCAACGGUCAGACUUUUAGGAUCUCACUCGACGAGGUAGAAACGUUGGCAGAGCUAGGCAAAGGUAACUAUGGAACUGUCUACAAGGUGAGGCAUGCCAAGAGGAGAGUACCCCGGUUCGGUCAAGGCUUCAGUGGAAAGCCCCUCCCUGUUCAGUACUCGCAGUCGGACCCAACACCAGUAAGGCCGGCUGAGGAUGCUGCCGACUCCAAAAACAGCGACGGCACAACCGGGACCAUCAUGGCUAUGAAGGAGAUGCGAUUGGAGCUUGAUGAUGCCAAGUUUACAACCAUUCUGAAGGAGCUCGUCAUUCUACACGAAUGCGUUUCGCCUUACAUUAUCGACUUUUACGGCGCCUUCUUCCAAGAGGGUGCUGUAUACAUGUGUAUUGAGUACAUGGACGGCGGGUCCAUCGACAAGUUGUACAACGGAGGCAUCCCAGAGAACGUGCUACGAAAGAUCACAUACUCAACAGUCAUGGGUCUCAAGUCUCUCAAGGACGAGCACAGCAUCAUCCACCGUGAUGUCAAGCCGACAAACAUCCUGGUCAACACACGCGGCCAGGUCAAGAUCUGCGAUUUUGGCGUCAGUGGUAACCUCGUGGCCAGCAUAGCCAGGACAAACAUCGGCUGCCAGAGCUACAUGGCACCAGAACGAAUCUCUGGUGGCGGUUUUGCGCAGGCAGGCAACGCAGAUGGGUCAUACAGCGUCCAGAGCGAUGUCUGGAGUUUGGGUCUGACCAUCAUCGAGUGUGCCAAGGGUGCCUACCCUUACCCGCCUGAGGUGUCAUCCACCAUCUUUAGCCAACUGAGUGCCAUCGUCGAGGGUGAACCACCAGCUAUGCCAGAAGAGGGCUACUCGGAUACGGCCAAGGACUUUGUCAGAGCGUGCCUCCACAAGAUCCCCAUGAAACGGCCAACCUAUGCCAUGAUGCUGAAGCAUGCAUGGCUAAAGGAAUUCAGCAAACCCCAGACGAUUACUGAAGAAGCGGAGGAGGGAGAAGAGGUCGAGAAGGUGGCAGAAGCUGUAGGCAAGAUCGACCUGAAGUCAUCGACCGAAGACGCCGAGGUAGCAGAAUGGGUCAACAACGUGCUGCGCCGAAAGAGAGAAGGCCUGGAUAGCGACGGGCCAAUGAGACCAGCAUUGCACACAGCACCACUCGACACUGUCAGUCCAAUCUCGAGUCCGAACCAUGCAUGA